UCCACUCCAGGAUUAUGCCAACCUGUGGCCAUGUUCCUGUCGGCUGCCCAUCUCCUGUCCCUUCUGCUGGUAAUACACACAGGGGGCUCCGUGCCCAGCCCCCAGACCCCUCCCCAGGGCUGUUAUGUGGCCGAGGAAGCUGGUGAGCGGACCUUCCGCUGCAGUCAGGCAGGCCUGAGUUCUGUGCCCACUGGCAUCCCCAAUGAUACCCGCAAGCUCUACCUGGAUGCUAACCAGUUGGCAUCGGUACCAGCUGGAGCUUUCCAGCACCUGCCUGUCCUAGAGGAGCUGGAUUUGUCCCAUAAUGCCCUUGCCCACCUCUCAGGGGCUGCUUUCCAGGGCCUGGCAGGCACUCUACGCCACCUUGAUCUCUCUGCCAACCAGCUGGCCUCGGUGCCUGUGGAAGCCUUUGUGGGGCUUCAGAUCCAAGUGAACCUGUCUGCCAAUCCGUGGCUCUGUGACUGUGCUCUCCAGGAAGUACUUCAGCAGGUGAGGCUGGCACCGGGCACUGGGACGGGCAUCGUGUGUGGCCCAGGAGCCCGACCAGACCUUGUGGGACAGGAGUUCCUGCUGCUGGCCAGGGAGGAAGAGCUGUGUGGGACAGGGCGAGGUGGGGCCCGGAGGAACACUGAUGUGGCCCUGCUGGUCACCAUGGGGGGCUGGCUGAUCCUGGUGACAGCUUAUCUGAUCCACUACGUGUGGCAGAAUCGGGAUGAGACCCAGCGUCCUCUCAAAAGGACCCCCGUGCUGCCUGUGCGCUCCGAGGACUCCUCCACCCUCAGCACCAUGGUCUAA